AUGGCCAAAGUUAGAGAACAGCAUUGGAUUCCACGUCUAAGGCGCCUGGUCAAGAAACUCAUCAAACAGUGCUAUGGUUGUAAGCGCUUCCAGGCUAUUGCUGUUGCAGCCCCACCUCCUGGGCUGCUACCACUGGAGAGAAUGGAGCACUCGGGCGUCUUUAAAGUGGUUGGUGUUGACUUUACAGGUCCUAUUAAGUACAGGAAGUCUCCGCGCAUGGAAGGAAAAGCCUACCUGAUACUGUUCGCUUGCCGCCUGACAAGAGCCUUACAUCUGGAAGUUUGGCCAAACCAGGAAACUGCAACCUUCCUAGGAAGCUUAAAGCGCUUGAUUGCUCACCAAGGACGCCCUUCUACUAUAUUCUCAGACAAUGGACAAACCUUUAUUGGAGCAGCACACUGGCUUAAAGAAAUUCAGACGGACGAACAGCUGCAAGCUUACCUGGCAGAGAAGUGGAUCACCUGGAGGUUCAACCUUACUCGUGCACCUUGGUGGGGUGGACAGUUUGAACGGCUUGCGGGAGUCUUCAAACGUGCCUUCUACAAAACUAUCGGGGGAGAAAUGCUAAGUUGGACAGAGUUGUGUGAAGUGGUGAUCGAGGUGGAGACCCAACUUAAUCAACGCCCCUUGUCCUAUGUUGAAGAUGAUGUACAGCUCCUGCUACUCACCCCUGCAAGCUUCUUAUUUCAGAAAUCCAACUGCCUGCUUGAGCAAGAACUGUGGAGAGAGGAGGAUGUUGACCUACACAAAAGAGCCAAGUACCUGAAAACCUGCAAAGACACACUGUGGAAGUGA